AAGAGCGAAGGAGUGUGAGUUAGGAAGCGAAGGAGUAUGUGUAGGAAGCGAAGGAUGGAAAAUAAAUAGUCCCACCCAGCCUCCUAAAGGGUACCCUUCCCCUAUAUUAUUUUAGCCUUACGCACCCGAAAACACGGCUGGGCUGACAUUGCAACUCUUCUCCCAAAACUCUCAGACCAAUUACCCACCCCUAUCUAUCCUCUUCUUUUUCCUCUGUUUCUUCUCUUCCUCAGGCGUCGCGUGGACAAAACUAAACCAACGCCCCCCUUCAUUUUCCACUCUCUCUCCAAAAUUCACUCACCUUUUCCCACCAAAACCCCUAUGGAUUUGUGGGAUCACUCCGAUCCACACCUUCUCCAACAACCACGUCGUUCUCGCCGCGAUAACCCUUCUUUCUCUUCCUCUCUUCUCGACGCCAUUUACCGUUCCAUCGACGAAUCCAACUCCCAACCUGAAGACCACCUCAUUUUCUAUACUCAUAACACCACUAAACACACCAUACUCCCCGCAACUGUUUCCCAGGACCAUGAAUCUCUUAAAUUCCGUAUGAUCGACACCUGGAUCGAUAAGAAGAAGAAACUCCGAAACAUACGUGACUUUACUCUUUCCAGUUCCAGUUCCUCCGAAUCCAGCUCAACUGCCGGUAGGAGAUUUUCCUCCUCCGAAACAGAGUUUCUGUCACGUGCACUUCACCGGCCGACGAAGCUCAAGCCGAAGCCGAAGCCCAUCAAAACCAAUACAUGGCCUCAAACCGAAAUUAUUACUCCAAAUCCAAAACAUGAUAAUGGGUUUGUUAAAUCCAAAUCCAAAGCUUCGAAAAUCUAUCACGAUUUGAAGAAAGUGAAACAGCCGAUUUCACCCGGUGCCCGACUUGCCAGCUUUCUUAAUUCUCUCUUCAACGGUGGAAGUCCAAAAGCAAAGCAAAAGAUAUCAAGCUCUACUUGUUCUAUCAAUUCAACGAAAUUCGAUUACGACAUGUCGAGAAAAUCCAAAUCUCAACAGGGAUCCACAUCUACUUGUUCCUCUGCUUCUUCAUUUUCAAGGUCUUGUUUGAGCAAAACGCCAUCUUCAAGAGGGAAUAUCAAGAGAUCGGUUCGGUUUUGUCCAGUGAGUGUGAUCGUGGACGAGGAUUGUCAGCCAUGUGGGCAUAAAAUUUUGCACAAAUCAGAGGAACCCAUUAUGAAGAAAGGUAAUUUGAAAAAAAGUAAUGGGAAUUUGGAAAGAGAGAAAGUGAAAACAGAGGAUAUGAUGAAGAUUAAUUAUGAGGAAGAAGAAGAAGAAGAUGAUGAUGAUGACGACGACGACGAUGCUUUGAGUUGUUCAAGUUCUGAUCUGUUUGAAUUGGAUAAUCUUUCAGUUAUUGGAAUUGAAAGAUACAGAGAAGAAUUGCCAGUUUAUGAAACUACCCAUUUCAAAACUAAUUGUGCCAUUGCUAAGGGAUUGGUUUUGUAAUUUUCCCAGCAAAAUUAGGUUAAAAAAAAUCUGGGAAACAAGUUCUAUCAGUUCUUUUCUUUAUUUUCUUCUUUAAGGAAUUUUGGGGGCUUACAUAAUUAAGAGAAUAAUUAGUUUCUCU